CCAGCCUGCUGUGGUCUCCAGAGCCGCCUCCUCUCCACAUUCUGCCAUGUGUGACAGCCACUCUCACCAGGCAUGGCUGCCAGACUUCCUAGGUGCCUCCUGCCUCAAGCUGUCCAUUGUCGAGAACUCAUCUGAGAAACUGCCUGCAGUAGAAAUUGCUGCUCUGCUCCAAGCUGGUCACUGAACAGGGAGCUCCAGGACCUGCAGGAUGGGGGCAGCCUGCAUCAAAGUCACCAAGUACUUCCUCUUCCUCUUCAACCUGCUGUUCUUUAUCCUGGGUGCUGUGAUUCUGGGCUUCGGGGUGUGGAUCCUCGCAGACAGGAGCAGCUUCGUGUCCGUCCUGCAAACCUCGUCCAGCUCGAUGCAGGUGGGGGCAUACGUCUUCAUUGGUGUGGGCGCCGUCACCAUGGUCAUGGGCUUCCUGGGCUGUAUCGGUGCUGUCAAUGAGGUCCGCUGCCUGCUGGGGCUGUACUUCGCCUUCCUUUUGCUGAUCCUCAUUGCCCAGGUGACUGUUGGGGUCCUUUUCUACUUCAACUCUGACAAGCUGAAGCAGGAGGUGGGCGCCACGGUGAUGACCAUCAUUCAGAACUACAAGGUCAAUGCCAGCAGCAGCCGUGACGAGCAGCUGCAGGAGGCCUGGGACUAUGUGCAGGCACAGGUGCAGUGCUGUGGCUGGGUGAGUGUCUAUAACUGGGUAAACAACUCAGAGCUCAAGGACUUCACGGUGACCACCUACCCCUGCUCCUGUGAGAACAUGACAGAAGAGGACAACCAGAACAUUGUGAAGAAGGGAUUCUGUGAGGUCAACGGCAGCAGCACCCAGAGCACAAACCGCCCCGAAGAUUGGCCUGUGUAUACUAAGGGGUGCAUGGAGAAGGUGCAGGCAUGGCUGCAGGAGAACCUCGGCAUCCUCCUGGGCGUGUGCUCCGCUGUCGCUGUCGUUGAGCUGCUCGGGUUGCUCCUGUCCAUCUGUCUGUGCCGGCACAUCCAUUCUGAAGACUACAGCAAGGUCCCCAAGUACUGAGGCUGCUGACAUCCCCACUGUCCUGGUCUCUCCACCCUCAACCUCCCAUGAGCCUCUCUGGCUCUUUCCCCUAUGGCCUGUGUUCCUUCCACCACUAAGGCCUCUGGCCCAUGCUAGGCAGGUUGUACUGGGAACUUUCUGGGCCUGGACCCUUCUCCCUGCCUCUCUGCCGCCAAUAUGGGGCCCUGGCUAUUCUGUGGCUCUUCCUGUUAUUGCUUGGGGUCUUUUUAACAGUUUGAAAUGGCUCCCAGUAUUACUGUACACAGAAUGGCUGGGUUCCUACCCUGAAGUCAUAUUGUAUUAAAAAUCAGGGAGGGUGGUUGCGGCACCCAUGGCUGCCCAGGGACAGGCUACAGGAAAGGUUUAUGGAUUAUUUUUCCCACUGUGACACUUUCUUUGUGGGUUUUCCAUGUUUCCGUGGGAGACAGAGAGGAUAUUCAGUCCUUUCCCACACUUGAAAUAACCCUCUCUCCCCAAGCUCAGCUAAGCAGAAGUUGGAUCACUGCCCCAGGCAGCCUCUAGUGAGCUCUUCUUUGGUGAGGGACCCGACUGCUUAGGUCCCUAAGCAGGUCUGGCACGGGACCCUGAGUUGUCUGUGGACAGGAGAAGGGGGAUCUGGACUGGUGUUUCUUGGCAGCUGUUCCCUGUCCCCUGGGCUAAGGGUGGGUGAGGCUGUGCCUUGCAGGGUGGGAGAGGGGUUCCAUAUGCUCAUCUCUGAAAUGAACUAUUAAAGGUGGGUUUAUAACGA